ACCCUUAGUACAGUUUUGGUCGUUAGGGUCCAAAACACGAAAAAAACGAUACCCUCCACAAAUUAGAAAAAAAUAGAAAAGAUGAUUAUAAAUACUGCACUGACCCUUAUACUGGGCGUAAUUGGCGCACUACCACUUACCCUGGCUUAUGUGCCCUAUAGUUGGCAAGAUGCUUAUAGGAGUAGCAAUGGUUAUCCCUACAACUAUUAUCCAGCAAGUUCGGCAUCUGGAUAUACAGGUUGGUAUGGACAAGCAAUGACUCCGGCCAGGGGUUCCAGCGACAUAUAUAAUUCUGGCUAUCUUAAUGCCUGGUCUCCUUAUAAUACGGCUGGAACUUAUGGGACAGCAGGAUCUCUUAGUAAUUAUUAUCCCUCGAGCUCAACAGGCAGUAAAAAUAUUGCCUAUGGAAGUACAUACCCCAUGGGCUCAUCCAGGGGCUAUGGAACAACAGCGGGUAGCACAUAUCCCAUGAGCUCCUCAGGCAGUACAAAAAUUGCCUAUGGAACGUCAGGUAGUACAUACCCCAUAAGUUCAUCAAACACCGGAAGAAUGGCCUAUGGAACAACAGCAGGAACCUCCUACCCUAUGGGCUCCUCAGGCAGUACUAAGAUUGCCUAUGGAACGUCAGGUAGCACAUACCCCAUGAGUUCUUCGAGUACCAACAGAUACGUCACAUCCGCCAACAGCAGAUACGGUAUGAGCUAUCCAAGCUACACCAGAUAUGCUCCGAAGGCAACUUACAAUGGAUAUGGCCCCUCGAGUAGUUUAUCCUCCUACUACUACUAUCCGUAUAACUACUAUGGAACCUAUCCUCAAGGAACCAGUUCCAACUAUUGGUAUCCCAGUCAACCAAAUUAUGGCCUUAAUGUUGUCAAGGAUGUUGUUGGUGGUGCCGCCACAGCCGCAAGUGGUGUUGCCAAUGGCCUCGACACAGCCACCUCCAGUGUUGUAAAUAAUGCCGCAGGUGUUGCCAAUAAUAUGGCCAAUGCUGCAGUGGGUUUACUGAGCGGUGACCCAUCACUAGUUGCCAACGCUGCUGGAGGUGCCAUAAAUAAUUUGGCCUCAACUGCUGUGGAUAUGGCGCAUGGCAUUGGAACUGCUGGGUCGGGAAUUAUAGAAGGAUCUGUGGAUGCAGCAAGUGCCUUAUUGAAUGGCUUUUUGGGUAUUGGUGGAAAGACGGGUGGUAAAGUAACCACAUCUGGUGGUUUAGGGGGCAAAGGCAGCGUUGGUGGCACCACUGGCAUAGGUGGAGGAAUUUCCAUAGAUGCAGGUGCUGGAGGCAAAAUUUACGGCGGCAGCAAGGGUUCAAGUGGUAUCGGAUUGGGAGCAGGUGUAACGGGCAGUAUCGAUGCCGGAACAGAAGGUAGCAUAAGUGGAACAGGAGGUUUAGGUCUUGGCCUAACUGGCAGUCUUGGCUCUAAUGGAGAUCUAAGUGCUGGAGAAAAUGGUGCUGCUUCCCUCGGUGUAGGAGUUGUUGGAAAAUUAAAUGGAAAUGCUGAGGCUGGAGCUGGCGGAAAACUCAGUGGUUCUACUGAUCUAGGCGCAAAUGCAGGUGCCUCACUUGGUGGUAUUGAAAUUAUCGGAAAUAUUGGUGCCGGAACCGAUGGGAAGAUCAGCGGUUCUGAAAGUGUAGGUAGCAAUCCUGGCCUGGAAGCAGGAAUUGACCUGGGUGCUAAUGGUGGCAUAAGUGCUGGCGGAAAUGGUGCUUCCUCUCUCGGUGGAACAUUAAGUGGCUUAAGUGGUCUUGGAAUUGUUGGAAGUAUUGGUGCCGGAGGAAAACUCAGCGGAACUUCUCUGGGAGCAGGUAUAAACUCAAACGUCAAUGGAGGUAUAGGAGCAGGUCUAAACGGUGGCCUUUCUCUGGGUGGAAGUGCCGGUGGAAAACUGAGUGGUUCUAGCGGCUUAGAUCUUGGAGCCGGUGGAAAACUCAGUGGAUCCGGAGACUGGGUCUUGGGUCUAGGUUCCAACGUUGACGAAAAUGCCAAUGGUGGUUCCAGUGGCUUAGAUCUCGGUGCCGGUGGUAAACUCAGUACCAACAUCGAUGCAAAUACCAAUGGUGGGCUUAACGGUGGCAUUUCUCUGGGAGGAAGUGCCGGAGGAAAACUUAGUGGUACCAGCGGCUUAGAUCUUGGCGCCGGCGGUAAAAUCAGUGGAUCCGGAGGCUGGGACUUAGGUCUUGGUUCCAGUAUCGAUGCAAAUGACAACAGUGGCCUUACCUUAGGAGGAGGUGCUGGAGGAAAACUUAGUGGCUCCAGCAGUUUGGAUCUCGGUGCUGGCGGUAAAGUCAGUGGAUCUGGAGGUUGGGGCUUAGGUCUUGGUUCCAACCUUGACGCAAAUGCAAAUGGUGCCCUUUCUCUGGAAGGAAGUGCUGGUGGUAAACUUAGUGCCGGAGGAAAACUUAGUGGUUCCAGCGGCUUAGAUCUCGGCGUCGGCGGUAAGCUCAGUGGUGCCGGUGGUAAACUCAGUGGAUCUGGAGACUGGGGCUUAGGACUUGGUUCCAACCUCGAUGCAAAUGCAAAUGGUGGUAUGAACGGAGGCCUCUCUCUGGGAGGGAGUGCUGGUGGAAAACUUAGUGGUUCCAGCAGUUUGGAUCUCGGUGCUGGUGAUAAACUCAGUGGAUCCGGAGGUUGGGGCUUAGGUCUCGGUUCUAAUGGUGCCCUUUCUCUGGGAGGAAGUGCCGGAGGAAAACUUAGUGGUUCCGGAGGCUGGGACUUAGGUCUUGGUUCCAACGUUGACGCAAAUGCCAAUGCAGGCCUUUCUCUGGGAGGAAGUGCUGGUGGAAAACUUAGUGGUUCCAGCGGUUUGGAUCUCGGUGCUGGCGGUAAACUCAGUGGAUCCGGAGGUUGGGGCCUAGGUCUUGGUGGCGGCAUUGACGCAAAUACCAACAGUGGCCUUUCUGUGGGAGGAAGUGCCGGAGGAAAACUUAGUGGUUCCAACGGUUUGGAUCUCGGUGCUGGUGGUAAACUCAGUGGAUCCGGAGGUUGGGGCCUAGGUCUUGGUGGCGGCAUUGACGCAAAUACCAACAGUGGCCUUUCUGUGGGAGGAAGUGCCGGAGGAAAACUUAGUGGUUCCAACGGUUUGAAUCUCGGUGCUGGUGGUAAACUUAGUGGAUCCGGAGGUUGGAGCUUAGGUCUUGGUGGUAGCAUUGACGCAAAUACCAACAGUGGCCUUUCUCUGGGAGGAAGUGCCGGAGGAAAACUUAGUGGUUCCAGCGGCUUAGAUCUCGGCAUCGGCGGUAAGCUCAGUGGAUCCGGAGGCUGGGGCUUAGGUCUUGGUUCCAACGUUGACGCAAAUGCCAAUGGUGGCCUUUCUCUUGGAGGAAGUGCUGGUGGAAAACUUAGUGGUUCCAGCUGGGGCUUAGGUCUCGGUGGAAGCAUCGACGCAAACAGCGCCCUGGGGGCAAAUAUUGAUGGUGUUGCUGGGGGAAAUCUAGGCACCUCGGGCUCUCUGAACCUUGGCAGCGGAAUCAAUGCAAAUGCUGCCGCUGGACUUGAUGUGAAUACAGGAGCCUCGAACGGCCUGAAUAUAAAGGGCAACUCUGGUGGUGGCCUCCUAGGUGGUAUCUUCAAUUUGGCGGGGAAUAUUGUUGGUGGUGUUGCCCAGACAGCUGGAAAUAUCGCCGGUGGCGUUGCCCAGACGGCUGGCAAGAUUGUUGGUAAUGCUGCCAAUGCUGCGGGCGAUGUUGUUGGAGGUGUCGCCAAUGUUGCUGGAAAUAUCGUUGGCAAUGUUGCCAAUGCCGCCGGAAAUGUUGCUGGGAAUGCUGCCAAUGUCGCUGGAAAUGUUGUUGGUCUUUCUCUGGGAGGAAGUGCUGGUGGAAAACUUAGUGGUUCCAGUGGCUUAGAUCUUGGCGCCGGCGGUAAACUCAGUGGAUCCGCAGGCUGGGGCCUAGGUCUAGGUGGAGCCAUCGAUGCAAAUGGUGGUCUAAACGGAGGCCUCUCUAUGGGAGGAAGUGCCGGUGGAAAACUUAGUGGUUCUGGCGGUUUGGAUCUCGGUGCUGGCGGUAAACUCAGUGGAUCCGGAGCUUGGGGCUUAGGCCUUGGUUCCAACGUUGAUGCUAAUGCCAAUGGUGGCCUUAAUGGUGGCCUUUCUCUGGGAGGAAGUGCUGGUGGAAAACUUAGUGGUUCCAGCGGUUUGGAUCUCGGUGCUGGCGGUAAACUCAGUGGAUCCGGAGGUUGGGGCUUAGGUCUUGUUUCCAACGUUGACGCAAAUGCCAAUGGUGGCCUUUCUCUGGGAGGAAGUGCUGGUGGAAAACUAAGUGGUUCCAGUGGCUUAGAUCUCGACGCCGGUGGUAAACUCAGUGGAUCUGGAAGUUGGGGCUUAGGUCUUGGUUCCAACAUCGAUGCAAGUGCCAACAGUGACCUUUCUCUGGGAGGAAGUGCCGGAGGAAAACUUAGUGGUUCUGGUGGUUUGGAUUUCGGAGCAAAUGCAGGUGCCUCGAGCGGUCAAAAUGUAAAGGGCAACUCUGGUGGUGGCCUCCUAGGUGGUAUCUUCAAUUUGGCGGGGAAUGUUGUUGGUGGUGUUGCCAAGACAGCUGGAAAUAUCGCCGGUGGUGUUGCCCAGACGGCUGGCAGCAUUGUUGGUAAUGCUGCCAAUGCUGCUGGCGAUGUUGUUGGAGUUGUCGCCAAUGCUGCUGGCGAUGUUGUUGGAGGUGUCUCCAAUGCCGCCGGAAAUGUUGCUGGGAAUGCUGCCAAUGUUGCCGGAAAUGUUGUUGGCAUUGCUGCCCAGAACACUGGUAAUAUCCUGGGAAAUUCAUUCAGUGGCAGAACUACAAGCGGCAAUCGUGGUUUGCUGGGUGGCCUGUUGGGCUAAGAAAGAAGGGGCAAUUUUAAAUUCCUGAAA